AUGAGUACUCCUUUAAAAAAAGUCACAAAACUUUUGCCUCCAAGAAUUUUAUCUCCUGUAUCACCAACGUUUUUGAAUCUAAGUAAUUAUCCACAUAUUCCUAAUGUAGAAAAUAUAAAACAAAUACCAAAACGAAUCAACUUCCCGGUUACCGAAAAAAUAAAAUCAGUGUCUCCCAUUCAAAUUCGCAUAAGUCAAGCUUCAGAAGACUUACUUACUGAGGUUAAAAAUGAUGUUUUAAUUAAUACACCCAAUAAACUAAAAUUCACAAAACUUGGCAUAGAAGACGACAAACAUUUCAAUAUUAUGGGGAAAGGUAGUUUUGGUAAAGUUUUUAAAGCCCAGUAUAAAGGUAAGGAAAUCUGGAUUUGA